UUCCUUCCUGCGGCCGGAGCUCUAUAAAGCGGCCGCCCCGGUCGGCGGCAUGACAGAGAUUCGCCGCGCCGGCCGCCCGCCAUGCGGCGGCUCCUGCUGCCGCUGCUGCUGGCCGGACUGGGGCUGGGGCUGGGCGAGCCGGAUCCGCCCGCCCCGUCGGGGGUGCAGUGCCUGGAGCACGACUGCUUCGCCGUCUUCUGGGCGCCGGCGUCCUUUGCGGCGGCCAACGCGGCCUGCGAGCGGCACGGCGGCCACCUGAUGACCGUGCGCUCCACGGUGGCGGAGGAGGCGAUCCAGCUGCUGCUGCGGGACCGCGGCGGGUGGCUGUGGCUGGGGCUGCGGCUGCCCACCCCUUGCACCGAGCCGGCGCGGCGGCUGCGCGGCUUCCAGUGGGUGACCGGCGACACCCGCACCGACUACGACAACUGGGCAACGACGAGGCGGCGUUGCGGGCAGUUCUGCGUGGCGGUGUCGCGGGAACUGAGCUGGGAGGAGCGGCACUGCGAGCAGCGGGCCGACGGCUUCCUCUGCGAGUACAACUACCCUGACAGCUGCCCGCGCCUGCUGCUCGCCGGCGGCGUGUCCGUCACCUACCGUACCCCCUUCGGCGGCGCCGCCGGCGACUUCCUGGCCCUGCCGCCCGGCUCCACCGCGUUCGUCUCGCCGCUGGGGCUGCAGCUGCUCUGCGGGACCGCGGCCGCCGGCGGGGGAAUGCGCUGGGGCCGCUCCGCGCCGGGCGCCUGGCCCUGCCGCGUGGCCAACGGCGGCUGCGAGGAGAGCUGCGAGGAGCUGGACGGGGCUCCGCGCUGCUCCUGCCCCGCCGGCAAGAAGCUGGGCCCCGACGGGCGCGACUGCGUGUCGCCGUGCGCCGAUGCUCCCUGCCAGCACCACUGCGUGCCCGACGGGGAGGGCUUCCACUGCAUGUGCGCCGAAGGCUACCGGCUGGGCCCCGACGACAGCAGCUGCGAGGACGUGGACGAUUGCGUCAAGGUGCCGGAGGUGUGCGAACAGGUCUGCCACAACACCGAAGGCGGCUUCGAGUGCCGCUGCCACCGUGGCUACGAGAUGGUGGAAGGGCGCUGCGUGCCCGUCCCCGACUGCAGUACCGGGCCCUGCGACCAAAUCUGCGAGGAUGUGGCCGGCAGCUACCGGUGCAGCUGCGACGACGGCUAUGUUGUCGACCCGAAGAAUCCCACCCAAUGCGUGAGGCAGUGCGAGAACGGCCGGUGCCUGGCCGAAUGCACCUCCGGCGGCCUCUCCUGCUUUUGCCCCGACGGCUUUGUGACGGACCAGCUGCCCGACGGUGUCACGUUCUGCAUUGACAUUGAUGAGUGCGAGCAUAACUACUGUGACCACAACUGCACCAACACGUAUGGCAGCUACGUCUGCUACUGCCAGCCCGGCUACGUGGCCGUCGACGCCAACCACUGCCAGCCCUCCCUGCCGGAGGACGGCAUGGACGAGUACUCGGGAGAUUUUGGGCCCCCCCUGCCCGUCCCCAGCCACAUCCCACCCAAAGCAGAGCACCUGCACCCUGGGGCGCUGGUGGGCAUCACGGUGGGCGUGCUGUGCUUGGCGCUGGUGCUGGUGGCCGUCGGCUACCACGUGGCGAGGAAGCGCUGCCAUCCCCCUAGCUCUAUGGAGUACAAGUGUGGCAGCCCCCGUGAGAAGGAGAUGGGGCUCCAGCAGGUGCCCGCCAGCCAGAAAGCGUAGGGAGCUCGGCAGGCAGCGAGCGAGAGGCGGAUGGAACUGGGAUGGAACUGGGUAACGUUUGGUUGUAACCCUCCCCUGGUUUUGUAAAGAGAAAGUGGGAAGAGCAAGUUCAUUUCAUCGCCUUCUCAUGUUGCCCUCCCUGCCUGCUGCGUACGGACCUCUGGCAGCAGAGUGCUCGGAUUGCCAGCAGCGCAGGGACCCUGCGGAGCGUCACUGUAGUGGAGCUGAAGUGCUGAUUUCUAUUCCCCCCACACCACUUCGGGACUGUUUGGGGGGGAAAUGGGGAUUCCAGGAGCGCUGGGGUCAUUUGUAGGAAGGGCAUUUUCAGUGCUGGUGACACUGUGCCUUUUUCCUCUUUUUUUUUUUUUUUUUUUGUCCUUUUUAAUUUUUCACCCAGGGCUGAGUUUAAUUUGUGUGGAAGUUGAUGGCAAAACUUCCCAAUGAUGUUCGUGUUCUAGACCUUGCUGCUCACUUUGCAGCUGCGGGCUGGGCGGGGGGAAUCAGGGAGAAAAGAAAGAGUUGGGGAGGGGGAGGGGAGAAUCCCUGAAACAGCCCCCAGGGGUGUCAGUGCCGAGGAUCUGUGCCUGAGCAGGGGCAGCUGCCACAGUGCCCAGCUUUCCAGAUGGGAUUUUGGGCUCAGAGCUGGGGGUUGUCUGUGCCCCCCAGGCACAGAGCGACGCCGCAGCCCCCGAGAUGAAUGCCAGCUCCACGCUGCCCCAGUUGUCUCUUCCCUCAUGUAAAUGGUUGAACCCGCUGUUUUAUACACCCAGCACAUGUGUAAAUACUUAUUUAUUUAUUGGAAAUAUACCCUACGCCACGCGCGGUCACCUCGUGAUGUUGUGUGCAGACCAAUAAAGCUUUUACCGUCUGAUUUACAGAAA